GCGGCGGCGGCGGCGGCGGCGGCGGCGGCGGCGUCUCUGCUGGGUGCUCACGGCAUGCUGCGGUGGGAGUAUCUCCCCGGGGUUUGCAGACAGAACUGGCUCCUGGAUUGAGCAUGGAGUUUGGGAUGGACAAGAAUGAAUGCAGAGUCUGUAUCUGUGUAGCAGCUUGAGAGGAUGCCUGCUGAGACCUUAAACCCUGGCACUGGCGUCAUGGAGUCAGUCACCUUCGAGGAUGUGGCGGUGAGGCUCAUCCAGGACUGGGCGUUGCUGGACGGUGCUCGGAGGAACCUGUGCAGAUACGGGAAACUGGACAACUGCAGGACGCUGGCUCCCGGGGGGACUCCACCAUGCAAACCCAGGCUUGUUUCCCAGGUGGGGCCAAGAGAAGAGCAGAGGGCAGCAGAACGAGGCAUUCUCCGUGCCAUGGGUGUGGACUGGGAAUCUCAACCGAAACCCAAAGAGUCUAUUCCUGUGCAGGAUAUUUUGGAGGAAAAUUCAUCCCGUGAUCUGCAAAUGGGGCCGGGGCUGGACCUCAGGAUGCAGGUGAGGCCCAUGACGGGAGAGAGGAGGAUGCCUUCAACUCCAGAGGACCAGUCAGCUCUCCGGGAGUCGCCUUGGCCUUCUGGAUACACAGGGCUGAAGGUGGCUGUGCGGAUUCAGAGGGUGGCCACGCCAGAGCCUGCGCUGGGCCUCCCUGACCCGUGGGUGUCCGGGGAUUCUGCUCUGCCUGCCCAGGACCCUGCGUGGCUCCAGGAGGAGAGUGUAGAGGAAGAUCCUGGGGUGCUGACCACCUGUGUACAGGAACCAGUCACCUUCGCAGAUGUGGCUGUGCUCUUCACCCCAGAAGAAUGGAUGUUUCUGGACUCUGCCCAGAGAAGCCUGUACAGAGACGUGAUGCUGGAGAACUACAGGAACCUGGCCUCUGUGGGAGAUCAACUAUGCAAACCCAGUACGUUUUCCCAUUUGGAGCAAAGCGAAGAGCUGUGGACCACCAGGAGAGGAAUCUUCCCAGGAGCCUGUCUAGAACCUCAACUUCAAACUCAAGAGUUAAUUCUUAACCAAGAUAUUUUUGCAGAGAUACCGUCCAUUGGCAUGAAAAGGGAGCAACCUCUGAGUGGAGAAAAGCUCCACAGAUAUGAUGAACUUGAGAAGCCUUUUAACAGCAUCAAACAACUUUUCCAGUAUGAGAAAAUUCAUGCUGGAGGCACCCCGUAUGCAUGCCAAGAGAAUGGGAAAUCCUUGUUCCAGACCACUCACCUACUGGUGCAUGAGAAGAUCCGUAGUGGGGAUAAAACCUAUGCAUGUGACAAAUGUGAAAAAUCCUUCAGAUACAGCUCCGACCUUCUCAGGCACGAGAAGACCCAUAUCUCAGAGAAGACUCAUACCUCAGAGAAGUACUUUGAAUGUCAGGAAUGUAGGCAUGCCUUCAAAUACUCCACGAACCUGCGGCGCCACAUGAGAACUCACACGGGAGAGAAACCCUUUAAAUGUCGUCAGUGUGGGAAAACCUUCACAAGGAACUUUAACCUGAUUUUGCACCAGAGAAACCACACGGGUGAGAAGCCCUACGAAUGUAAGGACUGUGGGAAGGCUUUUAAUCAGCCGUCCUCUCUGAGGAGCCAUAUGAGAACUCACACCGGCGAGAAGCCCUUUGAGUGCAGUCAGUGCGGGAAAGCCUUCAGGGAGCACUCGUCACUGACUAGGCAUCUGCGAACUCACACCAGAGAGAAACCAUACGAAUGUAACCAGUGUGGGAAGCCCUUCCGGACGAGCAACCACCUGAACAUGCACAGCAGGAUACACACAGGGGAGAAACUUCAUGAGUGCACGACUUGUGGUCAGGUGUUGAGCCGUCUCUCAACCCUCAAGAGUCACAUGCGAAACCACACAGGAGAGAAGCCCUUUGCGUGCCAGGAGUGUGGGCGAGCCUUUAGUGAGCCCGCAUCCCUCAGAAAACAUGCGAGGACCCACACCGGUAAGAAGCCCUACGUGUGUCAGGAAUGCGGGCGAGCCUUCGGUCAGUCUUCAUACCUCAUGGUACACAUGAGAACGCACAGUGCAGGGAAACCCUAUGAAUGUAAUCAGUGUGAGAAAGCCUUCAGACACAGCUCUUCACUCACCGUGCACAAGAGGAGUCACGCCAGGACAGAGAACGUUAGGAAUGGUGUCCUGCCUUUAUCAGUGUCCCACUCGUAUGGUGGGCCCCUUGCUAAUUAACUUGCAAUUUGGAAAGAGAAACAUUCGGGCCUAUAAUCAUCUCUCAUAGUACUCGUUUAGCUACAUCACAUGUUUUAAUGUAAUUUCAUGUUCGUUUGAUUCUAAAUAUUGUCUUAGUUUCCAUUAUCACUAAAUCUUUGACACAUGACUUAUUUGGUAUUAGAUUUUUAAAUAACUGUAUAUGGUUAUGUUUUUGUAGAGGUAUAAUUACUUACAGUGGAGUACAUAAAUCGUACGAGUUGGAUGAGUUUGACAGAUGUAUACAUAUACGCAACCAACACCCCACUCAAGAUACAGAACAUUUCUGUCAUUCUGGAAAGUUCCUGCAUGUAUCUGGGUGUUUUUUAGUUGCCUUUUUGUUGCUAAUUUCUAAUUUAAUUACAUUUUGAGCAGAGUAUGUGGUUUUUGUGUCAUUGAAUCCUAGGUAUUUUCUUUUGAGAUUUGCUUUUAGGUCUAGUAUGGUGCAUCCUGCUAGUUACGUACCCAAACUGCACCUUCUUCAUUACAAUAGAACCUAGGGGUUUUGUUCAGAUUGGUAAUGUACACUGUAAAAAAACCUCCAUCUCCCAGUCCUGGCAGUUAGGGGAGGCCAUGUCCCCCAGUUCUGGUUAGUGUGAGAAGUUGUUGGAUGUGACUCCUGGGAACGAUGUUGGAAAGAAGUGGUUUCAUUUAGCCAGUCCCUCUACUUGCCGUUUGUACCAGCAGACACGAGGAGCCAUCCUGUGACCAUGAGAGUGUGGCCAGAAGUCACAACCAUUCUGGUUCCCUAGUUUGUGUCUUUGUGUGUCUGCACCAGCCCUGGACUGUUUGUUUCUGGAGAUCUUGUUACACGAAAAAGAUGCACUUCUUAAUGGUUUUUAGCUGUUCUCACAGGGUUCUGUUUUUGUGUUUUGAAAAUUCUUUUUGCUGAGUAUAACAAACAUAUGUAAAAGUUCAUAAAUCUUAGUGAAUUUUAUGUAUGUCUGUACCAACCACAUCAAGAUAUAAAAUAUUUUAUCUCCCGAAGGUUCCCGUGGGCCCUACCCCACUCAAUGAGCCCCAUCCCUAGAGGUAACCAGUAUUCUGGUUACCCCAUCCCUAGAGGUAACCAGUAAUCACCAUACAUUUGUUUUACUUGCUCAUAGAAAUGAAACCACACAGUAUGCCCUCUUGUGUCUGUUUUUUUCACUUAAUACAAUGUCCAUGAAAUGUAUCUUUGUCGUAGUAUCAUUUAAAAAAUUGCUGUGUAAUAGUCCAUCAUCUGAAUAUACCAGAAUUUUAAAAAUCUAUUCUGCUUAUGGACAUUUGGGUUCUUUCCAGGUUUAGCUGUUAUGAAUAAAGCUGC